UGGAGCUUGUCUUAUUAUACAGUGACUGUGUGUGUAUGUGACUGUGUGUGUGUGUGUGUGUGAGAGAGAUUGUGUGUGUAACAUAUGGAUUGAAGGCUAUUGUUGUCAGCCCGGUGGUUUGUUCUGCACUUUCCCCGGAGAAUGCCCAGAGGAACCGGAGCUGUGUUCCUGCACGGAUAGCGCAGAAAUACACCCGAGAAACACGAUAUUGACAUGAAGAAAGACAUUGAGACUCUAAUCGCAGAGGAACGUGCUGACAUCAUCUUGAAAUAUGCUACGGGCAGACAGGGCGGGGUGGAGAUCGACCCCUGGGAAGAUCCCGACUUCAGCAUCUACAAAGUCAUCGACCGCUUAGGCUUCAUGCAUGAGGACGAGCUGCCGGCCCCGACUGCACACGAGGAAAAGAGGAAGCAGCUGGAGAUCGAGAGGGUGGAGAAGUGGCUGAAGAUGGUGAAGAAGUGGGACAAAUACAAAAACAGUGACAGGAUGGUGAAGCGAGUUUAUAAAGGCGUCCCGCUGCAGCUGAGAGGACGAGCCUGGGCUCUGAUGCUGGACGUGGAGCGCCAAAAGAAGGAGAACGAGGGAAAAUACGAGAAAAUGAAGGAGCAGGCGCUGCUCUGCUCGGCUGAGAUCAAACAGAUCGACCUGGACAUCAACCGCACCUUCAGGAACCACGUCAUGUUCAUGGACCGCUUCGGAGUCAAGCAGCAGGCUCUCUUCAGUGUCCUCUCUGCAUACUCCGUCUACAACACAGAGGUGAGCUACUGUCAGGGGAUGAGUCAGAUCGCCGCUCUGCUGCUGAUGUUCCUGAACGAGGAGGACGCCUUCUGGGCGCUGUCGCAGCUGCUGACCGACCGCACACACGGCAUGCACGGGUUUUUUGUCCCGGGUUUCCCCAAACUCCAGCGGUUUCAGACUCAUCACGAUCAGAUUAUUUCCAAACUCAUCCCCAAGCUGAAGAAGCAUCUGGACAGGGAGCAGAUGUCUGCAGGGAUCUACAGCACCAAGUGGUUCCUGCAGUGCUUCAUCGACAGGACGCCGUUCACGCUGACUCUUCGUCUCUGGGACAUUUUCAUCCUGGAGGGAGAGAGGCUGCUCACCGCCAUGUCUUACACCAUCCUGAAGAUACACAAGAAGCGCAUGUUGAAGAUGUCUCUGGAGGAGCUCAGAGAGUUUCUGCAGGAGAGAAUCGCUCAGACGUUUUUCUUCAGCGACGACGAGAUCAUCGAGCAGCUGCAGAGCUCCAUGACGGAGCUGAGGAAGAGGAAGCUCGACCUUCCUCCUCCAGGAAAGCCGGAGGAGCUUCCCCGUCUGCCUCUGGGUCAGGAGCUGCUGCCCGCCCCCAGAGGGAAGUCCUCAGCUGCCAGAGCCGGCCUCAGCUUGCACAUCAUCUCCCCCCAGCCCGACUCCCCCGACCAGAGCCCCUCCAAGGACCCCCGAGACCUGGACCCUGAGCAGGAGGAGGAGGCCCCGCUGCCCUCCCCGGACCCCAUCAUCAUCCACAGCCAGCUUCCCCCCGACGGCUCCCCGCUGACAGGGCCUCCGCCUUACCGGCCCCCGGAGGAAACCGCAGAUGAACGCUCACCUUCCUCAACAGACGAGUCCUCUCUUGUGGCCCCUCGCUCCUGCAGGAUCCCACGGACCCUUUCGGCCCCUGUGAUGCAGGCCGGCCCCGCUCAGAGUCUGUCUGCAGAGGAGAGGGCGGAGGACCAGUACCUGGAGCAGCUGCUGGUGCAGGCCUCCAACCUGCCCGGCAACAGGAACCAGAACCAGGACUCUAGGGGAGCAUCGGAGGAAACUCAGGCGCCGGAUAUUUCAUGAAAUCAGCUCCGAUUCAGUGGGGUCCGUUUAAUGUCCCAGUUUAGGCACUUUGGUGAUGGUUUACAUAAAUAAUGUUGAUGUAGUACUACAGAAGUAUAGUCAGAGUAUCAUUGUGGGGCAAUAAUAUGCUAAACAUAUGUAAUCAGUUUCAGGACACGCAGUCGUUUUGGUUAUAUAUUUGUCAAUUUUACAGAGAAGCAUUGGAAACCGGUUUCGUUUGGUACAGAUUAUGCACUUUGGUGGAUGGUUGACAUUAGUAUUUUGGCAAAGAACUAUAGAGAUAUUGUCCGAUUGAUAAGCAAUAAUCGUUUCAAAAUGUGUCAUCAGUUUUCGGAAAAAUAAUAAUUUUGGUUAUCUUGUUUAUUUUUAAGAGACAACUCACUUUAUGUAACUUUCUAAAAAAGGGUUAGGCAAAGAAUAUUUCCUCCAUAAGGUAUUCAAGCAUAUUAAAAAUAUGACCCAGAGUAAAAAAAAAGGGGUUAUGGUGCUGCAGAAACUAUUCUACAGUCUUAAGAUGAAUCUUUAUUUGGUACAAAUCCAUACAAGAGAAAUCCCAACCGUGACCAUUUGAGUACAGGCUAUUUUCAACUGAAGCUGGGAUAAUGAAGGAAAAAUAAUCAUUCCCUCCAACAUCCUGAAUCAUAUUUAUAUUGCAGUAUUAUAUUAGUAUUUAAUUACUCAACAAAAGGUCAGCCCCAAAUCUGUGCAGAACAAAUGUACCCAACAUCGUCUCUCUAAGUGUUUCACAAUUGGAUCCUUUUUAAACCACCCCUCUCUCACUCUGCAUGUUAUGUGCAUUUUGAUAACUUGUGCCAAUUUCUCUAAAAAUGUUAUGAUGAAGACGAGACACAGCUACACGGACUCUUGGAAAUGAUUCCUGUUCUGAUAUACCCGGAAAGUCUCUUGGAUGGAGUUUAAUUACGAAGCAUACGGAUAGGUUGCAUCACCCUUUACAAUAAAACAAACUUUUGUAGUUUUGUAACGUUUUCCGUGAGAGAACACAAGUGUUUCUCAGUCAGCCUUUGUAAAAUGUUUGCUAGCAGAGUAACAGUUUUAUUUUUUGUACUAAUGUCUUGAUGCCUUAUUUGGAUCGGCUUCAGUUCUUCUGCGGACGUUGUUGAUGUUUGAACGCAGCACAACAAAGGAUUCAACACGAGGACAAAAAGCAACUUUCCAGGAGUUGGACUUUAAAUCUCUGACCUAGUGAGCUGGCUCACUGUUAUGAUUGUACACAUUGAAACCAAUAGAGUGGUGCAGGGAUGUCGUAUUUUUGAAGACGGACCCUAAAGGCAACAUCUCCCUGGUUCUUUGGAAAAAAAGCCAUUGGGAUUUUUCCAUUGGAUUUCUGUUUAUGAUACUCACAUGUUUUGUUCUGCAGGAUAAUCUCCACAUAUUUAGGAUUUUGACAGUACAAAGCUAACAUUAGGCACGUGACUUCAUGUCACCAGCGCUAACCUAAAGGCAUUUAAUGUUGGUUGCCACGUUAAGUCGUCUCAUUUAGACACUUAUCAGAUACUUGCCAGCACAUUUAGGUUGUAAAGUACAGUAGGGCUCACCAGAAAUACGAAACUGUUGGUUGCUCACUUGCAAUUUGUGUAGUUCGCAUAAGUUGCAGUAAAUUGCUAGCAUUUUAGGCCAAAUGGACAACAUUUUAUCAACUGCUUGGUCGAUUUGGAAUAUAUUGGAGUUGUUUUGGGGCUUUUUGAAGAUGAUAAAUCCAUUUCAUGGCUUUUCAGAAUUCCGAAAUACCUCGUUGAACCAUAUUUUAGCUCUUGCUAGGCUGAUUUUGAUGAAGUGUUUCAUUCAAGCAACUUGGUUUUACAUUAUCGGAUUGCCCAAGUUAAAUCCACCAGUAGGGUAUUUACUGAUGUGUUUUGUAUUGUAGAAUAACAAUCUCUUCAGUUAGUGUUGACUUCCAGACCAGGGAACGGGAAGUGAUGAAAUGCUGAGUAAUCUUUUGGUCUAAGGACUCAUUCCUGCACCACUCUAUUGAGCUAGUUUUAGUGUUUCUCUUUGUUGCUCAGUAAUUUAUUGUUUUAUCUUCUUUGUAAAUUGCACCGCUCUUGUGCUCAAAGGUUUUCAAGAACUGGAAUAUUUGCCGAGCUCCUUUAAUGGUUGAAAAUAGCCUUCUUUGUUUUUGUUGACCGUGCAGAGGAGAAUGUGGAUUUAGACAUGUCAGAAUAGCAUUGUGUUUGUACAGUAUUGUAGAAAAGCACAAAGCAGUUUUCCCUUUUCUUCAGUUCUGUGCUUAGGAAAUAGUGAAAGGUCGACAUCUUGUGGUCGCUUUAGGGUUAAGCAUGACUACUAGAUAUAGUCUUGAAAAGUAGAAAUGUUGUAAAAAGAGUUAUGAACAUGUACAAAUCAUCCAAAUGACAACAAACUGGAUUGGAAAUAUUCAAAAUCAUGCAAUUUAAUGUCAUUGUUGUGAAUUAUGUGGAAACAGUUCUGACAUUUUAUGACAUUGGACUGUAUUUAAAUCCUACAUCUCCAUCUAGUAUUUAUAAACAUGUGUAUCAAAGAAGCCACCAUAGAACCAAUUUGCAGCUAGUUUACAAUUGAACCUUAAUAAGUUAUAGAACUAUGACAUUUUAAGCACUUCAUGUCAGAUUGUGGAGGAUAAACACAGUGUUAUUUAAUUUGCUUGGCUUUAGAUUUGUUGUAUAGCGAAACUUACAGCACCUUUUGUUAGGAGUUUGAGGAAAGUGAUGAAAUCCUGGAGCUGAAACAAUACAACAUUGAUCAUU